AUGACGAAGCUAGCGCAGUGGCUGUGGGGUCUGGCUCUUCUGGGCUCCACCUGGGCGGCCCUGACCAUGGGGCCUACCCUGGGCCUGGAGCUGCCCUUGACGUGCCGGGAGGUCCUGUGGCCCCUGCCCGCCUAUUUGCUGGUGACCGUCGGCUGCUUUGCCCUGGGCACCGUGGGCUAUCGCGUGGCCACUUUUCAUGACUGCGAGGACGCCGCCCUGGAGCUGCAGAAUCAGAUCCAGGAGGCCCGGGCCGAUUUGACCCGCAGGGGCCUUCGCUUCUAA